UGUUUUGUUGUUAUUGUUUCUUUUGGGUCUGAGCCAGGAUACGGCCACAUCAACGACGGACCCAAGGAAUGUCAGCGGGUUCCGCGCCCUUCCACGCAACGUAGCCGCGGUGGACUUUGCCGCGCCGGCCUUCUAUGGCCCCUGCCCCAACCAGGUGGAGAAUCACCGGCUUCUGCCGACGAAGGAAGCGGACUUCGAUGGCUCUGCGGCCAGCUGUGCGGCCAAGUGCUUAGCCCUGGACGACUGUUCUUUGUUUUCCCUGCUGCUACAAGAGCACCCCCACCGUCCUGCGGUGAUGACAACCCUGCUCGGACCGAUCGAGCGAAGCCACGCGUUUAGGUACCAACGCGACGGCGCCGAGUGCUGCAAACUGGAGCCCGGGGACGCGGGCUGGCAAACGAACGCGCCAACAGGCCUCGCGCCCUUCUCGCUGCAUGCCUUUCCGAGCCGGACGACCCCCGUCUGCCCCGCUUUUAGAGCCGGCGGCUGCCAUGACAAAACAAGUUUGAAGAUCUCCGAGACGAACACGAACCGAGAAACAGCGGCGACGUGCGACACCACGUGUCGCAGUCUCACCGACUGCGUUGCGUUCAUCCACGAGGAGACUAUGCAGCAGGACAACAAAAACUGCGAAUUUUUUCGGACCGGGUGCACCUCUAUGAGCUUGACGUCCGAUGGUGCCUGGAAGACUCAGCAGGUUUUCACGCUGGCCCGCAACGAAGCCGAGUGUCUGGAUACGCGGGAGGUGCCUCGCAUCGCACACUGUCCGAAAAAGCACAAUGGUCAUUGCUCCGUUGACUCGAGCGUUUCCAGCAACAACGUGGACAAGCAGGCUAUCCAACGGUACCGCGACCGCGCCUACACGAAAGACGAGUGCCGAUACCUGUGUAGUGUGUCCUCCUACGAAGGAGCUAGCUACACUGUGAACACGAGAUGCACGUACUUCUAUGUGGGCAAGCCAGACGGCUCCUAUCCCGGGUUUUGCGACCUCUUUCGAGGGACCUGCACCGAGGCCAGCAGUGGGGCAGCCGAUUGGGAGGGCUUCUCCAUGAGCGAGUGCACGGUACGAGGGCUGCAGCUCGCCACGACUCCACCUGACCACGUGGGCGAGGAGAGUUGGGUGGGCCACCGCCUGUAUCGGUAUCCCGACACGCGGCUGCAAUUUCGCGUGAACGGCAGUCCGCCACUGCUCGUCAGCGAACUCGACUUGCAGAACACGCCCAACUGCGAAGGCCCGGUGGGGGACCAUCACUAUUACUUUCAGUGCAGCGGCUACCUUCCCUUCGACGCGGACGCCGCGGGCUCUGUGGGAAGUCCGAG